AUGAAAAGAAUACAGGAAGAAAAUCAAAAGCUUUCUGAACAGCUGCAGCAGCAAAUUGAGAAUGAUCAACCACAUCAAGCAACCGAUCUUGAAUCUGAGGAAGGUGUUAUUCCAGAUUCACCAAUAACCACCUUUUCAUUUUCUGGCACUAACCGACUACGAAGGAAGGAGAGCCUCCACGUCCGAUACGUAGAACAAACACAUGCUAAACUGCAGCACUCUGGGUGUGCACAUGAAUUGAGAAAAUUACCCAAGUCUUCAACUCAUCCACAACAUGAACAUAACGAACGUGAAAUUCUACUGGCUGACACUUGUGAUCAGAGUCAAGCUCCAGUGGCUAAUACACAUGGAAAAAGCAGUUAUCCUCCUGAUAAUUUAGCUACAGUUGUUGCUGAAACACUUGGACUUAGUGUUCAAUAUGAGUCUGAAUCUCGAGGUCCUAUGAGCCCUCUUGGUGAUGAGCUCUACCACGGUCUGGAAGGAGAUCACAAAAAUCCUUUUGAGGAAUCUAGAAGAAAUAGUGAAGAUAGUUUAAGAUUUUCAGAUUCUAAUUCAAAGACUCCUCCUCAAGAAGAAUUGACUACUCGGGUAUCAUCUCCUGUAUUUGGACCUACCUCUAAUGGGAAAAGUAGUUUAGGUUUGAAUACAAGUUUAUCCCCUUCUCUUUUAGAGACUGGGAAAAAAAACCCAUCUGUAAACAACGCCUUUCAGCAACACUUCUGA